AAAUGAUUCAUGUUUUCCUUAUCAGCUGGAGUGAGCUUCCGCAAUGAAACCCUAGAAAUUACGACUGAAAGGCUACAACAUGGAAUCCCUCGUUUCGUCAAGUCAAAUCUGUGCCGCACAAAUCAAGGAGUACGGCCACUUUCUGAAAGAGUACGAUCAGACGCUGAGUCGGCUGCAACUCGGAACGCCCGGACCUGCACCCAUUCCCAGUAUCGUGCGGUUGGAGUAUCCUUGCGGUGAUGAGAAACUACCGACGGCCCGUAUGAUCGAAAGCAGUCAUGGUACGCACGGAACCAAAACGACACCCAUCGGCACAAGUACUGCCGGAAGCAGCGUGCCUCUGAACAAAAUACUCGCGACCUUCGCCCAGCUGUGCCGGGAGAUUGAUUGUUUGCAGUGGGAAAUCCGAUCGCUUGCGCGGACGAUCUACGAGCGCACCGAACGGAUCCGCGGUGAACAUGGUGACUCUCGGCUUCCCUUGCAAUGGAUAGCGCAAAACAUCGAUUUAAUGGCCACGGUCCAGUGUCACUUCGAACGGUUGCGUGAUGUCGGUGUGCUGCUGCUGCGCCAAAUCGGCGCCUUCUUCGAUGAGGAAGCUGCAUACGGACGGGGCACAAAGGCACGGCCCUCCAAAAAGAACGGUCUUGAUGGCAAGUGUCCACCGUCGUUAGAUAUGGAGUAUCUCUUCGAUUACCUGGGCAAACUAUUACGGGCCGCUCACGAGCUGGAUCACAUUCUGCGGAAGACAUCGCUUGUUGCUCACUGGAGAGCCUUCAGUGCGAAGCUAUGCACACCGGCGAUCAAUCAACGUUCCCAAAGUAAGGCAGGUUUCCGCGAUCUGCUUUCGAUCUGCCAGUCGCUUGGCUUUUGGAUCGGCGAUGAGACCGUGCCCGAAACGACCGGUCUUAAGCGCAUCCUCGAGGCGCUCUACAAGGUGAAAACGAAAUUUGAUCCCGUCUGCUCGGGGGAAGCAUUCAGCGAUCGGUUCAUUCGGUUUCUGAAGCGUCGACUAACUGCACUCAUAGCGAAUCUCCGGAACGCAACUACUGGCGUCGAUUUUGAACAAACGAACGGUGUCAUUGGGGUGAACUUGCUCCUUAACUUUGCCCUCCACCUGUUUCUUCCGAUCGAGCAGCGCAUGAUGAAGAACCUGGUCGAGCUGAAUCUAAAGUUCCCCUUGAUUCCACUGGAAGACAACUUUCCCUGGUUACCGGAUGAGUUCGUGCGGGAGCAGGGCCAUAAGUUGUUGCGCGAUUUCGAUGCUAGCUCCGCUCCAACCCCCGUCAGUACACCGAUCGCGACGGCAACAUUCGACUACCGAAAGGCACGUGAUAGCCAGCUGCAGCAGCUUGAGAAGUCUGCAUCGGCCGCUAUGCUCUGUUUGCACGCCAGCAGUUGGCUAAUCGAGGCCCACGUUCAACUCCGCUUCCGUGCAUACUCAUCUACGGGCGCUUCGGGAUCGGAAUCAUCCGAAGCGGCCAACUUCACGCUCGAAUCCCUUAGGAUGAAAUGCAAUCUUUUGCUCGAAGGUAUCCGCCUAGUACGCGACAUGGAGUACAUUCUGCGGGCGCUGUACUCUCUUUACGGUGAACGGCCGUCGGAUCAAACCGACCGGCUCAUACUGCAUCACAGGAUGGUGGUGGAUUUUUUGUUGUGUUCUACGCGACGAUCGAUCAUCGUUCCCUGUCUGCAGUUUAUCGUGCAGCAUCAGCAGCACAAGAUCUACAUCAUCAUCAGUAGUGCUAAGAAAAAAUUGCUCCGCGAAGCGAAGGAAACCAAAUCGACCGCCAGUGGAUCACUAUGGCUAGAGAAACUUGCCACGAUCGAUGUGCUAGAGAAGUGUCUCCACGGGCCGGCUACUCCGGACCGAGUUGGAUUAGCUCGGCUAACCGUAGCCCUUUGCCACGGAGAUGCUGGUGGUGGUUCGUCAUCUUCGGCUCUGCUGCUGCUACCCCUAUCGGACGAUGCGUACCGUAAGGUUUGCUCAUUGCUCGAUCGUCUAACAAUGCUCAUCGACUGGGAAACGGAAUGCAGCCGUUCGAAUGUGGCCACCCGGUUGCUACGGUUCGCUGGCAGUGCACUGAGCGACCGGUUGGCUUCACCCACGAACGUGGUGCCGAUGAGCAAUCGGAUCGAAACGUUCAUCCGGUGGGAUUUCCAUGGCAAAUGUCAGCAGAUCGAACCGUUCGAUCCAUUCCGGGAUCCCAAUGAUGCGGCCAGCGGUGGUGGUGACCAUGCGCAGCGCCUAGUGUUCGGGUUUCUGCGCACGAAGCUACUGCUCGAGGUGGUAAUGGGCGAACGUAAGGAGGAAUGGUUCAGUGCACGCCAUGCCGUUGGUCAGCAUCUGAGCGACGUGUUCUACACGCUAUCGACAAUCUCACCCUCCGAGUGGCGCAUCUAUCGUGAGAUGCGCACGAUCGUUGAUCGUAAGUAUGGCGUCCGUUUGGUAGACGAUCAGCUGCCAAGAACAACGGCCGAAGAUAGGCGCGGUCCACGGGGCCACGGUCAGGAUGACGACAUCCUGGCGUUGAUGGAGGACUUUGAGUCGUUUAUCGCUUCGUAUGGUUAUGAUCUGCACGGUCAGUUGUUCAUCGAACGUCAGCAGGGCCGUAGUGGUAGCGGCGGUACGGGUGCUGGUGCAGGAACAGGUCCCGGCGGCGUAGUGAACGUCGUCAAAAUUGAGCAUAUUGCAAACUCCAUCAAACGUCACGGACCCGGUAUCAUCAGCACGGUGGUUAACUAUGCAUUCCAGUUCCUGCGCCAGAAGCUGUUUACGUUCUCACAUUUCCUGUACGACGAGCAGAUACAGUCGCGCCUAGUCGCAGAUGCCAAAAAGCUGCUGGCCAAUAGCGAAACGGCUGAAGGAACAGCUACGACUGCGAACACCGUUGGUUAUACCUACGAACGGGCACUCGCUUUUAACCGGCGCAUCCGUCAGCUAGGUCUCUCCGAUGACGGUGAAUCGUACAUUGAUCUGUUCCGCAAACUGAUCUGCCACAUCGGUAACGCGAUGGCCUUCGUUCGAUUGCUUCACUCGGGCGCAUUGCACGAGUGCACGGGAGCAGCCGAGUUUCUUUCUCCACCGGUGAGGUCGUCUAAGGAUAACGAUGAUGAGCCUGCGCAGGACGAGGCACCCGCGAUCGGUAUAUGGCGGCAGGAUGUAGCAACCGUUCGGGGUAACUGGCGACUAGAGAACGAAUUCUUCCGUCUGCUGAUUAAUGCUUUCGAAGGAUUGCGACGUCGCAGACGUGCUUCCGUUAACGGGACAGAAACUCCGGCAAACGCACCAGCCGAUAGUUUUGCGCAUCUCGAGCUGUUCUACCUGAUCAUACCACCGCUGACGAUCAGCUACGUCGAGGCGAUGCUGAAAGCGAAGGAAACGAUCGCGAAAAAGGAUCGUCAUGGAACCUUUCUGCCGACCGAUGAUGGUUUCGUGAUGGGUCUUUCAUAUCUGCUGACGCUGCUAAACCAAACAACGGCCUUCAAUUCGCUGCACUGGUUCAAGGAGGUGCGUGCCAAACACACCCGUGAGAUGGCGAAAAUAAACCAGCAGACGACGCACCUGUUGCAGCAACCAUCGGACAGUGCGGAGGAGAAAAUGCUACCCACGGUGGCCCUCACGCGGAAGCGACUGAACGCCAUCCAGCACGAGUUUCAGCUGCUGCAGUACAAUCUGUCCAGCUCCAAAAUUUUCUUCAAAUAACCUUCGCGUCCCUCGCUUCUUCCUGGUGCCUUAACCAAGUCCAAUCUGCAUAAAGUACGUCAAGUAUUAUCAUUUAUUCCAA